AUGGCGUCGACACUCGAGGCUGAGAUCGCUUUCCUCUUCAGCGUUGCUGCGCACCUGGGACAUUCGUCGGAGCACAUUGACGACAAUGAGGGUGGCGCCGGCGCUGCUCCUCCUGCAUCGUUUCUCACAACGAGUGAGUGUGAGGUGUUGGCCGAGUUGUUGCUCCUCGAGAAGAAGGAGUGCGACUACAUCUGCGCGACGCGUGUCGACCCUGCCACGGCCGGAGAAGUGGAGGCCUUACUAGUGGAGAGUCCUUUGACAGCAAUGUACAGAGGGGAGGCGAACAGCCCUUACACGCGCUUUGUUCUUAGCUUCUAUAGCAGCACCCUGUACGCGCAGGUGCCAACGAAGGUGAACACAAUCGCCAUACGUCUGUUUCAGCGCUUUCUCUGCGGCUGCCACAGCGAGGCCCUUCAACGCCUUCAUCACGGCUGCGGCGGGAGCUCCAUGGAGGCGGUCCUGCGCGAGUGUCUCAAUCUGGCCGGUAAUCUCUCGUCCACUCUGCAAAUUGCGGCUCCGUCGCGGAUGACGGGACUGGUGAUAGGAGAGCUCCACUACGAUGUGCAGGAGGUGUCACCACUUGACUAUCUCGACGUGCUUUUGCCGCACAUUCCAUAUUUGUCUCAAAUGUGCCAGCAGGCCUCCCUCUUACUGCUGGCGCACGAGGAGAUGGUGCGUCAGCCGUCUUCCCUUGUCGCACUGUUCGCCAUUGUCUUCACCAUCCGUAAUAUGGGGACAGACGAUGACGCGGUCGCACUUUUGCUGGCCGGCUGGCCAGAGUGCAGGCAAGCCGCUUUUUACCGCAUGAACGCUUUCUUGAACUGCUUCACGUAG